AUGGAAGACUACCCAAUGCUCACCAAGCUAGAAUUAGCCUGCUCUGAUCUCAAAACCCUCCUCAAAUCAUCUGCGAAUUUACAAACGAACCUGGAAAAACUCGAUGACAACUUUGACACUCUACAAGAAACUCUAACUGUCGCUUCAAGAAGGCUAGCCCCUCUUCAAUCGCUCUCCAUCGCCUCAAAAGCACUCGAAACAAGAAUCAACCGUGCAGUUUCACCUGCUCUCGUACUCAUCGAUGGCUUCCGUAUAUCCGAAUCUCUACAAAGAAAACUCGACGACAUUUCAACCAAACUUCCCGCACAAAAGUCCCAGAACAAGCGGCUACGGUUACUCAUCAAGUAUGUCGAUUGUGUGGAUAAGUUAAACAUCGCAAUUAAUUUGCUCAGCCAAGAAGGUGGUCCGGCGAUUCAGAGACUCCAAGAGGUGGUGGAGUUUUUGAGCCGGACUAAAGCCACCGACCAGUUCAGAACGCAUCGAUUGAGAGAAACGUUGGUAGCUCUCAACGCUUUAUACGAAACAGAAGUCGAUUCCAUGAAAUUUGAUGGGUUGCUUGACGAAGCUUUAUUGAAUUUACAAGACGAAUUCGAGGGGAUUCUACUGCAAUUAAGGCAUCAUAACAUCGGGGGCGAUGACGACGAUGGAGAAGCGGCGACGGCGGCAACGGAGUUGGGGACUGAGAUGGAGGUUGAAGUUCUCCGACGGAUUUCCGAAACACUCACCGCUAACGAUUGCUUGGAUAUAUGCAUCGACAUUUUUGUGAAAGUUAGGUAUAAGCGAGCAGCGAAGGCGUUAAUGAGACUAAACCCUGAUUACCUCCGAACAUACAAACCAGAAGAAAUCGACGAAAUGGAAUGGGAAAGCCUAGAAACUUCCAUAACUCUUUGGAUCCAGCACUUCGAGCUAGCAAUCAGAACCGUUUUCAUAUCGGAAAAAACCUUAUGCCACCAAGUCCUCGGGAACAUCAUGGAAGGCGCCAUCUGGCAAGAAUGCUUCGUAAAAAUCGCCGACAAAAUCAUGGCGGUGUUCUUCCGGUUCGGUGAAGGCGUUGCCAGAAGCAACAAAGAGCCACAAAAGCUCUUCAAACUCCUCGACAUGUUUGAUUCUUUAGAAAGAUUAAAAACAGAAUUUUCAAACGUUUUCGAAGGUGAAGCUGGUGUGGAUAUAUGUUCCCGGUUUCGGGAACUCGAGAAGCUUCUAGUACAUUCUUCGAGUAAAGUUUAUUGGGAAUUCGGUCUUCAAAUAGAAGAUAACCAAGACGGGUUACCCCCGCCACAAGACGGGUCAGUCCCAAAGCUAGUCCGGUACGCUAUCAACUACCUUAAGUACUUAACCACCGUUAACUACUGUCAACCCAUGGCCCGUGUCCUUCGGACUGAACAGAUUUGGAAGAGCGGAACCGGAAUCACGGAUUCCGAUGAGGAUUUGUUAAAGGAUGCGAUUUCGAACGUGAUGGAAGCGUUGCAUAGGAAUAUCGAAACGAAAAGGGCAGCGUAUAAAGAUAAAGUUAUGUACCAUGUGUUUACCAUGAAUACUUAUUGGUAUAUUUACAUGAGGACUAGGAAUACGGAACUCGGGAAGCUUUUGGGGGAGAAUUACAUGAGGAAGAAUUACAAAGUGGUCGCGGAAGAAGCUGCUUACUUGUACGAGAAGCAAGCUUGGGGUGGGUUAGUGAGGUUACUUGACAAAGAAGAUAUUGGAGAUGAAGGAAUCGGGAAUGAGAAUAUUAUAAAGGGUAAACUCGAAGCGUUUUUGAAGGGGUUUGAAGAGAUUGCUCAAAGGCAUACGAGUAGGUAUAGCAUUCCCGAAGCUGAUUUGCGGGCGCAGAUAAAAGAGGCGACUGUCAAGCUUAUUGUCCCGGUGUAUUCGAAUUUUUUGGAGGUGUUUUCAGGGAUUAUAAAUGUAAAAUUGUAUUCGUCUCCGGAGUCAGUUGAAAGUUUGUUGGGGCAGAUUUUUUCGGGCAACGGGCGGAGUUCGUCGAUGAGUGCGAGGCGGCGUGAGAUUAAUCGGUUGGAAGGGAGGAAUUCGGUAUCGAGUGAGAUUGACUCAAUACCGGGGCGGAGGUCCGUCGAUCGGUUCCAGAGGAACCGAUCGAAUGCUGGUGAUGAAUAA